GUUUGAAACUGGUGUUUUGACAAGUUUCUAAUAACAAAUACAAUAUGUAUAAUGCAGGUGGAGGUGACCGAGCUGGUGGUGACAAGGAAAAGAAAAGGAAGGAAAGUAUUGUAGACCUGUCAAAGUAUUUAGAAAAGCCUAUUCGUGUAAAAUUUCAAGGAGGAAGAGAGGCUUCUGGAAUUUUGAAAGGAUAUGAUCCACUGUUGAAUCUUGUGCUUGAUAAUACAACAGAAUUCCUUAGGGAUCCUGAUGAUGCUUAUAAAUUAACAGACGACAGGCGGUCUCUUGGAUUGGUUGUGUGUCGAGGAACUGCAGUUGUUGUGAUUUGUCCAACAGAGGGCAUGGAGUCUAUUCCUAAUCCUUUUAUUUCAAAUGAAAGUUAAUAAACUGUGUAUCAUUUUGUGUUUUUAUAAAGAAUUGUAAAUUAUGAUUGUACUUUUUUUCCUAAA